GCACACGCAAACUAGCUCCAUCUAUCGACUACAAUACUUUACUUUACGGUGUUGUAUAGUGUGUGCUGUUCCGCCGAAUACCAGGGCAUUGCAGGGGGAGCAACCACAACAGAAAGCUAACACGCCUCCAAGCUGCACUGGGGUUAAGGUACAGGACACGGAUUUGGACGGGAUGAAAGAGCGGUGUGUCACAAGGAGCUUACGGUAGCUAGCUAGCCUACUUGGCUAGUGCUAGCAGUGUUAAGCAGACUCCUCACUGUCAACAGUAAAGACAACUUGGAUUUGCCUGUUGCCUGCUUGUCUGCUCAGCGAACAUAUUUGGACAUUACGGGUUUCAUAUACGGCUUGCAUAUCGGGAUGAUCCAGAAUCAAGGUGCUUGCUGAGGGUGGUGUUAGGAUGACAGGGCCACCAUGGGCAGCGUGACUCUGCGCUACUUCUGCUAUGGCUGCCUCUUUACCUCCGUCACCUGGUCUGUCCUCCUCUUCCUCUACUUUAACCUGGGCCAGGACCAGGGCCGCCCCCCUCCGCGGGCCGCCGCAGGGCUCCAGAGGCUGGGCCGCCCCACCAAGGCCCCCGCGGGGGCCUGGCCGAGACACAACCAGCCUGGGGGGGGCCUCAAAGGAGCAGAUCUGUCCCCUGAGAUGGGUAUGAUCUUCAGUGAGCAAGACCAGGAGGUGAGGGACACAGGAUACCACAAACACGCCUUUAACGUGCUCAUCAGCAACCGUCUGGGAUACCACCGGGAUCUGCCCGACACCAGGGACCGCAAGUGUAGAGACCGGAUCUAUCCUCUGGCCCUGCCUGCGGCCAGCAUAGUGAUCUGCUUCUUCAACGAGGCGUUCUCUGCCCUGCUGAGGACUGUUCACAGUGUGCUGGACCGUACGCCUGCCUACCUGCUUCAUGAGAUCAUCCUGGUGGAUGACAACAGUGAACCAGAGGACCUGAAGGAGGAUCUGGACCGGUACAUUCAGCAGAGUCUGGCCGGGACUCGGGUCCGACUGGUCCGGAACCAGAAGAGGGAGGGUCUGAUCAGGGGCAGGAUGAUAGGAGCCUCCCAUGCCACAGGCGAGGUGCUGGUCUUCCUGGAUAGCCACUGCGAGGUCAACGAGGCGUGGCUCCAGCCACUGCUCGCACCAAUCAAACAUGACCGCCGCACAGUGGUGUGUCCUGUCAUAGACAUCAUCAGUGCCGACACGCUGGCCUACAGCCCCUCCCCCAUCGUCCGAGGGGGGUUCAACUGGGGGCUGCACUUCAAGUGGGACCCCGUCCCCCCCUCUGAGCUCAACGGCCCCGAUGGGGCCGUGGGGCCAAUCAGGUCCCCCACCAUGGCUGGUGGGCUGUUUGCUAUGGACAGGAAGUACUUCAACGAGCUUGGCCAAUACGACGGCGGGAUGGACAUCUGGGGAGGGGAGAACCUGGAGAUCUCUUUCAGGAUCUGGAUGUGUGGGGGCCAGCUCAUGAUCAUCCCCUGCUCCAGGGUGGGACACAUCUUCCGUAAGCGCCGCCCCUAUGGCUCCCCCGGGGGCCAGGACACCAUGGCCCACAAUUCCUUGCGGCUGGCUCACGUCUGGAUGGACGAGUACAAGGAACAGUAUUUCGCCCUGCGUCCGGAGCUACGCGAGCGUGCGUACGGUGACAUCAGCGAGCGCGUGGCCGUCCGUAAGCGUCUGGGCUGCCAGAGCUUCAGGUGGUACCUGGAGAACAUCUACCCAGAGAUGCAGCAGGUCUCAGCUCACAACAAGCCCCAGCAGCCGGUCUUCAUCAACAAGGGCCUCAGACGCCCCAAGGUCCUGCAGAGGGGACGGCUGCGUAACCUGCAGGCAGACCGGUGUCUGGUGGCGCAGGGUCGACCCAGCCAGAAGGGCGGCGCUGUGGUGGUACGAGCUUGUGACCCCCACGACCCAGAACAGGAGUGGUCGUAUGACGAGGAGCAUGAGCUGACCCUGGCGGGGCUGCUGUGUCUGGACAUGUCCGAGAUCCGCUCCACCGACCCUCCCCGCAUGAUGAAGUGCCACGGCUCAGGGGGGUCUCAGCAGUGGUCCCUGGGGAAGAAUAACCGUCUGUACCAGGUGUCUGUCGGCCAGUGCCUCACCGUGGUCGACUCAGGCAGCCCCAAGGGAUACGUUGCCAUGGCGAUCUGCGACGGCUCCCAGUCCCAGCAGUGGCAGAUGGAGGGCUGAUGGUGAUGAUGUCACUCCGCUGCUUGGUCAGUCACACACACACACACACAUGGUUCAAGGCUCACCGCUGCCCCUCCCUUCCUUGAGGACAAGAGAGGAACUGCACCCUGGGGAAUGCACGAGUAUGCCUGUAGGACUUAUUCACACACACACACACACACGCACACGCACACGCACACUCUCAGGUCUGAAGACUGGUGGGACAACUUCAUACGAGGAAUAGAUGUUUCCUCAAAAAAAACAAGGAAAGAAGAAUAAACGAAAGUAAAGAGGGAUGAAAAAUAAGAUUGAGGUAAUAUAAGGAGAUUGCUGGUCCAUCUAAAUUAGAACUCUAUUCAGUGUCCAAUAUUUUAGAUAAUAUUUUUGCAAUGUAUGAUGCAAGCGUUUAAAACAUUUACAAUCAUGCUAAAUUUGAACAUUUAAUUUGAUCCUAUUUGCACAGAGCUCUCAUUUGAGACAACUGAGAGGACAUAUUAAUAUUCUCAAGUAAAUCCAAAAGUGUUUACUAAGAACCUGUUUUAGAACCCUUGUUUUAAUGUUUUCUUUUUUAUAUAUAAAAAUGUUUUAAUUAUCUGUCCUUGUUGGCUGAUGUCAUACCGUGUUAAAAUUUGUUUUGGUUUGGCAUUGAGCUGGCCGUGGACUGAAUUUUUCGGUUGAAUAUUCGAUCACUGGAGUUUUAUGUUUUGUUGAUAUUAAAAUACUGGGCAGCUCUUAGUCAGAGGAUCACAUGACCCCAGGACUAGAUCUACUCCUAUGAACUACAGAUCCCAUGUUUGUCAACAUGGGCAUAUAUCCAGCGUAGUGAAGGGAAAUCGUAUUGAUCAGAACCGAAUACAGAUUAACAUGACAUUUUCUACAAAGGAGCCCCAAUGUUUUCUUUUUAAAGAAUUGUCUCGAGUAUGCAGUUAAGAUUAGUCUCUGUGGCUACAGGAGAGCCCAUAAUACUAGCAAACCUCCUUCCUGUUAUUUUCCUGCCCUGAAUCUAUGGCUUGUAUUCAUAAUAUCUCAUCUAUAAUGUUUUAAUUUUACUUUUGUUUGUAUUAGGUAUUUUCUCCUUUUCAGAUGAUGCAACCAAAUAAAUGUUUUAAUUGAAGUAGGAA